AUGGACGCCACGCGCCGCGAGGGCAUGGGCAAGUCGUCGACUGGGCCGGGGUCGUCGAUGCGGUCGGCGGCGACGGUGCGGCGGCUGGCGAUGUACAAGACGCGGCCGUGGCGCAACAGCAAGGGCCAUGUGCUGCAUACGGACCUGCAGUCCAAGGCGCUCCCCAACACGCGCAUCAAACCCGACCGCCGCUGGUUCGGUCAGCACCUCUCCUGGCGCCCCUCCCUUUUCUCCCUUCCCCCUACCGUCCGCCCUCCUCUAUCCGUUCGCCGUGCUGACGUCAGCUGCAACACGCGCGUGGUGGGGCAGCGCGAGCUGGAGCGGUUUCGCGAGGAGCUGGGCAGCAAGGUGUCGGACGCGUACACCGUCGUGCUCAAGCACCGCACGCUGCCGCUCUCGCUCCUCAACCACCAACCCCAGGGCAAGGCGCGCGUGCACAUAGUGGAGACGGAGCCUUUCCAGGACACGUUCGGGCCGGGCGCCAAGCGCCGCCGCCCAAAUCUGGGCGCCGCCGCCGAGGGCUACGAGUCGCUGCUGCAGCACAGCGCGGAGAAACAGGAGUCGUUUGAGGGCAAGGCGGGCGGCAGCGAGGCGGUGACGCGCGCGCAGGACGCGGAGGACGGGGUGAGGGCGGUGGUGCGGCACAGCAUGUUCGACAAGGGGCAGAGCCGGCGCAUCUGGGGCGAGCUGUUCAAGGUGCUGGACUCGAGCGAUGUGGUGGUGCAGGUGCUGGACGCGCGCGACCCCAUGGGCACGCGCUGCACGUACCUCGAGAGGCACCUGCGCGACAAGUGCCCUCACAAGCACCUGCUGCUGCUGCUCAACAAGUGCGACCUGGUGCCGUCGUGGGUGGCCAAGGGGUGGCUCAGAGCGCUGUCCCGCGAGUACCCCACGCUCGCCUUCCACGCCUCCAUCACCAACCCCUUCGGCAAGGUAACUACUCCCCGCCACCUGCGCUUCGGCAAGGGGUCGCUGCUGUCGCUGCUGCGGCAGGUGGCGCGGCUGAAGAGCGACAAGCAGGCCAUCAGCGUGGGGUUCAUCGGCUACCCCAACGUGUGUUCGGUGGCGCCAGUGCCAGGGGAGACGAAGGUGUGGCAGUACAUAACGCUGAUGAAGCGCAUCUUCCUCAUCGACUGCCCGGGCGUGGUGUACGCGGACGCGCGGGACAGCGAGACCAACGCCGUGCUCAAGGGCGUGGUGAGGGUGGCCAACCUGGAGGACGCCGACCAGCACAUCCCCGACGUGCUCGCCCGCGUCAAACCCGCUUACCUCACCCGCGCCUACGGCAUUGAGAAAUGGUCCGUGCCUUGCCUCGCUCCUCCCCCUCCCUCCUCUUUGUCACUGCUGCCCCUGCCUGCCUGCCUUAUGCUGCUGCGUUGUGUGGAGGAUGCGACGGACUUCCUGUCACAGAUGGCCAAGCGCACUGGCAAGCUGCUCAAGGGCGGGGAGCCGGACGUGCAGACGGCGGCGAAGAUGGUGCUGCACGACUGGCAGCGCGGCAAGAUCCCCUUCUUCACCCCGCCGCCCGACUCCGACGCGCUCCCUCACAAGGCCGCUGGGGGCAAGGCCGCGGGGAAGCAGGGCGCUGAGGGGGGGGAUGAUGCGGAGGGGGCGGAUGGGGUAGGGGCGGAGGGGGAGGCAGGGGAGGGGGAGAGUGCGGAGCGGCGGCAGGUGAGUGAGCAGAUGGAGAAGAUGACUGAGGUGCUGCGCGAGGUGGCGCGGCGGCAGCAGAACAUGCGCGUUCCCACCAAUGCUGGCCUGGCUUUCGAUGAGGAGGACGCUCGGGGACAGGGCAAGACAGGCAGGCGGGUGAAGCGGAAGGGUGCGGGGGAGGGAGAAGGAGAGGAGGGGGAGGAGGAGGAGUUGGAGGAGGAGGAAGUAGUGGAAGAGGAGGAAGAAGAGGAUGAGGAGGGCGAGGAGCGGGAGGAGGGGGAGGAAGUAGAGGAAGGAGAGGAGAGAGAGGAAGGAGAGGAGAGAGAGGAAGGAGAGGAGGUAGAGGCAAGUGCAGAGGGAUCAGAGGAUUCAGAGAAGGAAGAGGAGGCAGACGAAGGGAGAGAAGAGGAGGAGAUGGGGGGAGGCAGAGGAGGAGCAGCAGGGGAGGAGGUUUCAUGGGAGGAGCUGGUGUCGGGUGUGGGGUGGACAGUACCGCAGCCGGCCAAGGGGGGGCAAGGAAAAACAGAGCAGCAGCGCCCAGCAGGCAGAGGGUGUAAGGGGGGUGGGGGGCAGCAGCAGGAGGGGGUGGGACGGAAGGCGGAGCUGAGCAGAAGGGCGAGGGCAGCAGCAGCGAGGGCACAGAAGCAGGUGGAGGUGCAGGAGAGGAAGAGGGAGUGGAGUGGUGCACAGGACAAGGGCAAGGGGAAGGGCAAGGGCAAGGGCAAGAAGAGGAAGGACAUGUGA